AAUAUUUACUGUUUCACCGUGUAAUUUGUUAUCAAUCAAUGCUCACAUCAAUUUCCUUUAUUAUUUUAUUAUUAUCAAUUAGCUCUCUCGUGUGAAAAGUAUUUAAACUAUCAAUCCGUUGUAUAAUUCAGUCGAAAUGGCCACAGCAGUUUCCAGAGCUCCGCCGAAGAAAUACAAGUGGGCUCUAGAUUUCGCUCCCAGGAGGAGAAGUUCCACGACUCCUGUAGUUGAGCUUCCCUCGCCUCCUGGAUACAACCCAUCUGUUGAGCAAACAUCUUCUGAGACAGCCCAGUCAGGAGAUUCUACACAUCUGAUAAUCAAGAAGUCCUGGGAUCUCGCUUUGGCUCCACUGAAACAGGUUCCAAUGAAUCUAUUCAUUAUGUACAUGGCUGGUAACUCUAUAUCAAUUUUUCCCAUCAUGAUGAUUGGUAUGCUUGUAAUUAGGCCAAUCACAGCGUUAUUUGCCAUUCAAACAACAUUCAAAAUUAUCGAAGGUAGCCAUGCUGUUGGUCAAAAAUUUGUCUACUUUCUUGGAAAUAUUUUGAACAUACUACUAGCGAUGUAUAAAUUUCAUUCAAUGGGUCUACUACCAUCUCACUCAUCUGACUGGCUUGCUUUUGUGGAACCGCAACAACGGCUCGAGUAUUCUGGAGGAGGAUUUUUACUUUCUUAAGCUUGUAAGUUCUAAAUAUUCAGGUUUAAUGGAUGGGGACCGUGUCUUCAUUUUUCAUUGAUACAAGUUGCUUUGAGUCAAAAACGCGUAACCAUCAUUGCUGGCAAAUCAGGUUAUAUUCUCGAUUUGUUCAGUAGAGGUUUCUUUUUUUUUUAAAUAGUACCGUAAUUAUAUUAAAUGCUAUGAGCAAGGUACUGAGUUUCAAAAACACCAUCUUACCUUGCAAGAGUGAGGUUUCCAUUGAUUAAUUAUAGUAUCUAGAGGUGAUGGAAAAAUAUAAAUGAUUUUGUGGCUCCCAGCAAGAGAUGAGUUCCAUAAAUGUUUCAAAGAAUUCACAGGAAAAUGUUUGGGAUAAAAUCUUAAAUUUAUCUUAAGUGGGGAAUUUUUUCGAUUAAUUCCUCCAAAAAGUUCAAUGAAAUUCUCAGGAUUAUGACAGAAAAAAAACUAAGCAUAAAAUAUGUUUUAGAUUCUAUGAAUUGUUUUUACAGCAAUACCAGGGAAAGUAAAUUAUGGAAACUGAACAAUCAAAGUAAAAGACUUGAAAUUUUAAUCGGUCAAAAAUUACCAAUAAUUUAGUCAAAUACAGGUACAAUAAUCCAACACAUUGGAAGUUUACAUUAUCCCUUGAGAUUUUGAUAGAGUAUAUGUCUCUCUACUUUCAUUUUCAGAAGUUCUGUAAGCAUUGAAAUCGCCUAAAAUUUUCAAGUUUUUCGAAAAAUUUAAUAAUUCUCUAGCAGGGUCACUCAAUUGAAAAGAAAGGUCGAACUAAUAAGAGUAUUAAUAAAUUACCGUCUUGUUACAAAAUUUAUUUGAAAGUGAAAAGCAUUUUAAAAUGGUAUAGGUAGUUUUGUUUCAAAUUAAAACGAACAAAUAUCAACACAGUCCCCACCGCCUUUUAGCAUAGGAAGAAAUCCUCAAAAUCAGAGGAAGCCUUUUAUAUUCCCUGGUUUCAGAAUACCCAGUUGGUGUUCUAUCCUUAUACUGAUAAAGAAUUGUAAUUUGCAAUGUAACUCAAUGCGAGUUGUUCAGUCAUGGUAAAUCCGAUUUUCAUAGUGUCUGACUUUUUAUCGGGUGACACUUUUUUGUUUGUUCUUUGUAGGUGAGUACCAUUUUGCCUUUAGUUUUUGUACAUUAAUUGUAAAUAAUUGUUUUUUUCCAACCUCUUUUUUCAUUUGCUACACUGCAAAAACACAGAGAUAGAUUUUACUUCAGUCACAGGUAAUUAUUCUUAUAAUGAGAAGAACUAUAGAGUUAUUCAAUAACCAUGUGAGAAUACUAAUACCUUUGAACUUCAAAAUUCUAUGCUCCACUUCUGAGUAGAUUGUAUGCUGCUUAGAAAGAGCCACUAAUUUUAGGGUCUUCGCAUCUCUCAUUCCUUAAGGAUUCAAACAGAUUUUUUGUGUAAAACUUUCGAAAGAAAAUCUACGCAGAUUGAAAAAGGCUGUAUUUCAGCUUCCAGAAAGCCCAAUUUUUAGGAGCCAAAUUAUUUUUGCAUGUUCUAUGCUGUAUUUUCUCGAGUCUCUGUCCUAUUCUCAAAUCAUCUCAUUCUCGGGCUGUGCUGCUGCACAGCAGAUUGUGGAUUGAGAAUACUAACAAUAAGUUCCCCCCAAUUUUUAGAGGACGCAGCUUGAUUUUUAGGCGCAUGGCGCCCAGGGAAUGCAAAACACCAGCGAAGGAAACCGAGAAACCCAGUUUUGUUCUAUAAAUUUGGAGCCAAUACUUUUGACUGAAGAAUUGAUUGGUUUCAAUUUUUUCUUGGGAUUGAAUUCCUCAUUGAAAAAAUAAAAAUCUCAGAAAAUGAAUCGAAACUAUUAGCAAAUUCACACAAGUUUCGAUUCAGCACAUUGUCAUUGGUCAUGCAAUUGUCUGGAAGCCAUUUUAUAAUACUUUCAAUUAGAAUAUAAUCACAUUUUGAUACAAUUUCCACCAACCAUAAGCUCCUCAAGUCACAAACUUUUCUAUAAAAGGGUCAAGAUAAAUCUGUGUGAGAGAAAAGAUGUCUCUCACAACAGACAGCAUAGUCUUCAUGUUUCAAUUUUUCUCUGCUUUUUCCUCUAAAAAAUAUUUAAGCAAAAUUUUCUCUCCUUUGAAAGCCGGUUUUUUGCAGUUUUAUACUUUUACACUUAUAAUUUUAAUAUAAAAUAAUUCAAGUUUUAAACUUCUGGUCAAGUGUUAAUUAUAUAGUUUACUUGGUUUCCUCUUUUUGCCAGAAAUUUUCUGUAUCUUUCCUUUAUUUGCAGAGUGAAAAUCAAUUUUGGAAAGUUUCAUACAUUGUUGAAUACAUUUUUUAAAAAAUA